AUGCCAGGCAAACUUCAUGACUGGCCUGCCUGGCGUGAGUUUGGCUCAAAGCUGGCCAGCGAGGCAAUCGACGACGAUUUCGUCAAAGCAAAACAAGACGUGAUCCGCGAGUAUGGCGAAGACAAACUACGAUCGAGCUGGCUCGCCGUCUGCAAAGAGCUACAAAAAGUGACGGAGGACAUUGCCAGCAAGAGGAACGACAUUGUACCAAUUCUCGAUGCAGACGAGUUGCUGAGCAAGGGCUUCCGCGAGUCAGACGUCGCUACCAUCAGGCAGACCGGUUGCUUUAUUGUCCGUGGUGUGAUCCCUGAAGACGACGCUCGCAGGCUAUAUCAAGACCUCCAGGACUAUGUCAGGGACAACAAGGCGCAUGUCCGUGGCUGGCCUGCCGAGAGCCCGUCCAUGCUCAUGUUGUACGACUCGCCCACACAGAACGCCAUCCGCUCGCAUCCAAAACACAUGGAACUCCAACAAAUGGUCAACAGCUUGUGGCACGACGAGACAGGACAGACUUCUUCGCAGCCGCUCAUAUAUCUUGAUGGCGCGCGAGACCGGGAGCCUGGUCAGCCAUUCCUCGGCCUCGGGCCGCACAUUGAUGCUGGCAGUCUCUGCCGCUGGGCCGACCCAAAGUAUCGGCGCGUCUAUGAUGCCGUUUUCUCUGGUCGUGCUCUUGAGCACGAUGCCUGGGAUCUCGGGGUGCGCAAGGACGCCGACCAGGACCUUUUCAAAGGCCCUGCGCACUCGACUGUGCUCCGCUCGUUCCAGGGCUGGACCGCGCUCACGCGAGCAGCACCGAAAGAAGGAACACUGCUUCUCUACCCGAACCUCUUGACCACGAUUGCCUAUGUCCUCUUGCGACCAUUCUUUCGCCCUCCAACUGAUCCCGACUCUGAUGUCAUGGAUCCUGAAACAUGGAUGUUUGACGAAAGCGGCUGGUUCCCUGGGACCUUCAAGCCCGAGAGUCAGUACAUGAGUCGGACCUCUCACCCACACCUGCGGCUCGAGGACUGUCUUGUUCAUAUCCCGGUUAUGGAACCUGGAGAUACAGUCUGGUGGCAUUGUGAUGUAUGUCACGCUGUUGAUCCAGUGCAUGAAGGCAAGGAGAACGCCGCCGUAGUCUACGUCGGCGCGUGCCCAAGCACACCAAUCAACCACAAAUACAUUAAAUCCCAGCUUGAGGCAACGCUAGCUGGUCGACCUCCCCCGGACCAGGACGACGGAACAGGAGUCAGCGAGGCGACAUUCAAGGGUUACAGGGGCCACGAAGGACUGAAUGAACUGGCGAGAAGAGCUUUCGGCUAUAACCUGUAGAUCAGACUAGUGUAGCUAGGGUUGUGGUAUGCCACCGCCGCCGAGGAGCUGUCUCAGUAUGUCUGCGGCCUUGCCAGCCAUCACGUUACGUGCCCUGACGCUGUCCAAGAACUUGAUCCCUUGGAGUAUAUCCUCUUUUUCUGUCGUUAAUGUACUCAGAUUUGCGGUAGAUGCCUUCAUAUCGCUGAUGAUGAACACCGCCGCGAGGUAAACGUGCCAUGCGAGCGCCCAUUGGCUCCGCUUUGCGGCCGAUUGCUCCCAAUUCUGACUUAUCCAAAUGAUUUCUUU